AUGAGAUGGAGCAGAAGCAGCGACGAAGAAGUGGAAGCAAACAUCGCAUCCAUCCAGCACGAACAAGCCAUUUACCGACGCCUAGGCAGAUACAAUGGGAUUGUUCCUUGUCUUUGUUUCUCCGAUACAUCCACUGAACUCCGCAUAAUGGAAAACGGAGACCUACAGUCCUACUUAUAUCGAAAUAAGCCGCCCAAAUCCCUUCAACUUUCUUGGUUCCGGACGAUGGCUCGUACUCUCGCAUAUAUCCAUGCUCAGAAAGUCAUCGUGGCUGAUAUUGCCAGUCGCAACUUCGUUCUUGAUUCUGAUUUGUCAAUCAAGAUGUGUGAUUUUACGGAGGCUAUCGAUAUGCCGCUUGAUACUUGUAUGGAAAACGCCGGCUUUGGGGGUUAUUCCGUACAGACGGAUAUUGGGCAGCUUGGGGCGGUGAUGUAUGAGGUGGUGGUGGGGGAGAAGUGUGAAUUUGAUAUCUUUGAGGGUGUGCCGGUAGAGGCUAGUCGCGGUGUAUGGCCACGAAGGGAGGAACUUCCUAGUACUGAGGGUUUGUGGGUUGGUUUGAUUAUUGAAAGGUGUUGGACGGAGGGUGCAUUCUGCACUGCUUAUGACUUACGGAGAGCGCUUGAAGCCGUUGAGGUGGAUGAUGAGCCGGUGUACACGAAGGCAUAAGUGCUUUCAGCCUUUUAAUCUAAAGCAAUUUAUGUGUGAUGGUGGUUGAAGCGGGUUCAAUACUUAAGGAUAGUUUGAGGGUCUUCUUCUGAUAUUCGAGCUCCAUCUUGCGAGAUUUGGGAGUAUUCCUAUGCAUUGACUCCAGACAGGAUAUAACCUGGCCAUAUGUGGUGUAGGUUCCUCACUGAUUAAUACUGUAGCUAAUUAGUUUCUGAGUCCUCCAGUUACAGGUCUUGUUUCCCUGCGGAGAAAAGAAGCUGUGU